CAUUCUGCUUCUCUGAUGCUGGGUCGGGUUCCUCUAGGGGAGGAGUUUCGUGUCUCUCGGAGCCAAUCGUGGCGAGCAGAAACAGGUCAGGUAGCUGAAGAGGACCUCAGAGAGAGCGCAGGCAGGAGAGAGCAGCCACGCAGGAGGUCAGUGGACUCACCGGAGGGGAUUAUGUCCAAACCUUCGUCCAACGUUAAGGCCCUUCAGGCUAAUUUGAAUAUCCCGAUGGGAGCUCUGCGUCCAGGGGCGGGGCAUCCUGUCAAGAGGAGAGAGGAGACAGUAGAAACAGAAGAGGCUCCGUCUCCAGAGCAGCCCACCGCUGCAGCCCAGUCGCCGGAGGAGAAGAAAGCGUUGCCGGGUGCGGUGAAGCUCCCUGGGCCAGCUGUUAAUCUAUCAGAGCUGCAAAACGUCAAGAGCGAACUACGAUGGGUCACCAAGGAUUAAUGUGAUCCUCCAGCCACGCGGAGAGGAAGGCGAUUAAUCUUCACAGACACAGACUUGCCCGCUCCCUCUGAACAACUACAGCCCCUACACGUUUGGAAACAGCUCGCUGUGAAGCUAGGCUUUCAUAAACUCCUCCAAUCAGGAAACCUCACACUUAAAUCUAUUUAUUUUAUCAUGGGAGUUGACGCUAUUUUGUCACUUAAUUGAAAUUCAAAUCAUAAUUUGCCCAAAAAGAUAAGAUAUCUCUGCACAUAAGACUACACUGUACUUGGACUUCUAGAAGUGUUUUUUUUUUUUUUUUUUGUUCUUCUUUGUUUGUUUUUGGGGGUAUUUUUAGAUUUAGAAGGACAUUAAUUUAUAGAAUUCACCUUGUGCACUGAGGAAAAACCGAUUCCCCUUCAAACUCUGAGACGACCUGACGACGUUUCAGCCACUCAGCACUGAUUUAUACUGAAGCUUUCUAAUAACUGGUUCCUUUCUGAAUGUUGUUGCUAGUAACUGAUGUGGUUUAAGAUAAGCUGUACUGCUUUUUUUUUGGGGAGGGGGAGAGGGAAUGGAUGGAUGGGGGGUGGUGGGGUGGGGUAUGGGUUACGAUGGGUUUGUUAUUAAUUGUUAUGAUUCCCAGAAAAUGAUAUCAUCAGAAAAAAAGGAAUAAAUCAAGAUGGUUAAAAAUGUCUACGUCUUAACGCCUUUGAUCACAAGCUACGCCUGAUGUGAUGAUGAUACCGUCAUUGUUUAGAGUUAAAUGUUUAGAUUGUGGCUUUUUGUGUUUCUCAGUAACUCAGUUCGUAUAGCUUUUCUGACACAAACACCUUUUCUUUGAGCGGCAUCAUGAGAUUUUGCUCAAAGAAAGAGAAAUCUCUCUCUUGUCAUUGUUAAAAUACAUCAGGUUUGCCAUUAAAUGCAGCCAUUAAAGCACGAGGGCCAAUACAUUUCUAACAUUUAUUGUCCCCAGAAGAUGAA